UGGUGCUACUUAUUUAGCGGCUUACUUCAGCUUUUGCACGACGGUCACACCGCCAGUGGGCGAAAAAAAAAACAUUCGUGAAUUCACCGUCGUCGAACGAACGCUGUAUUUUUUUCCAGUGCAAUAUUCGGUCGAUGUAUAACGAGUGAUUGAAUUAAAGUAGUCCCUUUACAAAAAGUAAAAGUAAAUAAAUAAAAAUAAAGUCAUACAAAACAGUAUAGCGGUAGAGAGAGGGCGAGGGUAAAAAAUUGCUGCUGCUGAGGUGUGUGCAAUUGCCUGUGCGUGUGUGUGUGUUUGUGUGACGUUUACAGCAGCAAAAAGUUCGGUAGUGUCGUCAAAAUUGUCGCGUAAAGUUAAUGCAAACGAUUCUCGAUCGGAUACGAGUUGAUCGCGACAUAUUGAUUUGGUCGGAUGUGGAAAAGUCUAGCUGAUUAAAAACGAAUUGCGGAUAAAAAAACGAUAAACAACGGCAAUUUGUUGCUGCCGCAACAUCAACAACAGCAGCGCAGCAGCGCACUAACACAACCACCACCACCCCCUGUUCCAGCCUAACGGUUCAUUCACAGUGGCCGAAGAAGCAGCAGCAAAGUUUGCGAAACUAGGAGCACCAUGUGGCGGUUUUAGAGAAGCAGCAAAGAACUAUUAACCACGAUUCGGGAUCAGUGUCAGGAGCACUACAGAUUGCAGCAAUCGAAUUCGAGGAAAAGGGUUGUCCAGGGACGCAAGAUAGUGAAAGAGGGGAGUAUAGACUGAGAUCAAAGAUCGGAGAACGUCGUUCUGUGUCAGAAGAUGACCCUGACCACAACGACCACUGCCUCAUCAGCCGAGAGCCAAGCGAAAAUGGACGUGAAGGGCGGCGCACUUCCCGGCGAAGAGAACCUGCCCACCUCCGAGAUGGAUCUGCUGGCCAAGCUGGAGGCGGCCAACAAGCUCAUCGAGAGCGAUGCCAAGUCCCUCAACUCACUGCACUCCACGCACAGUCGCAAGAACUCGGACACGAGUCAGAUCAGCCUCUCAUCGAGUGGAAAUUCGGUGGCCGAAGAGGACAUCUGGACGACGUGGGCCACCAUCCUCAAUGACUGGGAGGGAGCACUGAAACGAAAGAAUCCCUGCGUCAGUGAGCUGGUGCGCCGUGGAAUUCCACACCACUUCCGAGCGAUCGUGUGGCAGCAGCUGAGUGGAGCGUCCGAGGGCGACAAGAAGCAGUAUGCGGAGUACAUCAAGGCGACCAGUGCCUGCGAGAAGGUCAUACGGCGGGACAUUGCCCGCACCUAUCCCGAGGUGGAGUUCUUCAAGGAGAAGGAUGGACCCGGACAGGAGGCCCUGUUCAAUGUGAUCAAAGCGUAUUCCCUGCACGAUCGCGAGGUGGGCUACUGCCAGGGCUCGGGAUUCAUUGUGGGCCUGCUGCUGAUGCAAAUGCCCGAGGAGGAGGCAUUCGCUGUGCUCGUGCAGAUCAUGCAGCAGCAUCGGAUGCGGCACAUGUUCAAGCCCUCCAUGUCGGAGUUGGGCUUGUGCAUGUACCAGCUGGAGAAUCUGGUGCAAGAGCAAAUACCCGACAUGCACAUUCACUUCCAGCAGCAGGGCUUCCAGACGACCAUGUACGCCUCCAGUUGGUUCCUCACGCUAUACACGACCACUCUGAAUGUCAAUCUAAGUUGUCGCAUCAUGGACGUCUUCCUCAGCGAGGGCAUGGAGUUCAUCUUCAAGGUGGCCUUGGCCCUGCUGCUCACCGGCAAGGAAACGUUGCUCUGCCUGGACAUGGAGGCCAUGCUUAAGUUCUUCCAAAAGGAGCUGCCCGGUCGCGUGGAGGCGGAUGUCGAGGGCUUCUUCAGUCUAGCGUACUCCAUAAAGCUGAAUACCAAGCGUAUGAAGAAGAUGGAGAAGGAGUACCAGGACCUCAAGAAGAAGGAGCAGGAGGAGAUGGCCGAGCUGCGGCGACUGAGACGCGAGAACUGCCUGCUGAAGCAGCGCAACGAGCUGCUGGAGGCCGAGAGCGCCGAACUGGCCGAUCGCCUGGUGCGUGGUCAGGUCUCCCGGGCUGAGGAGGAGGAAACUAGCUAUGCCAUUCAGACGGAGCUGAUGCAGCUGCGCCGGUCAUACUUGGAGGUCUCGCAUCAGCUGGAAAACGCCAACGAGGAGGUGCGCGGCCUGAGUCUUCGGCUGCAGGAGAAUAACGUAUCCAUCGACAGCAAUAACUCCCGGCAGUCGUCCAUUGACGAGCUCUGCAUGAAGGAGGAGGCGCUGAAGCAGCGCGACGAGAUGGUCUCCUGUCUGCUGGAGGAACUGGUGAAGGUGCGUCAGGGACUGGCCGAAAGCGAGGAUCAGAUUAGGAACCUCAAGGCCAAGGUGGAGGAGCUGGAGGAGGACAAGAAGACGCUGCGGGAAACGACGCCAGACAAUUCGGUGGCUCAUCUGCAGGAUGAACUGAUUGCUAGUAAACUUCGCGAGGCCGAGGCCUCGCUUUCGCUAAAGGAUCUCAAGCAGAGGGUGCAGGAGCUGAGCAGCCAGUGGCAGCGUCAGUUGGCCGAGAAUCAGCGCAGCGAAAGCGAACGCACCACCAACGCUGUGGACUCGACGCCCAAGAAGCUGCUGACCAACUUCUUUGACAGCUCCAAGAGCAGCGAGCACACGCAGAAGCUCGAGGAGGAGCUGAUGACCACGCGCAUACGCGAGAUGGAGACGCUCACCGAGCUCAAGGAGCUGCGGCUCAAGGUCAUGGAGCUGGAGACGCAGGUCCAGGUGUCCACCAAUCAGCUGAGGCGACAGGACGAGGAGCACAAGAAGCUGAAGGAGGAGCUCGAAAUGGCCGUGACCCGGGAGAAGGACAUGUCCAACAAGGCGCGUGAACAGCAACACAGAUACUCGGAUCUGGAAUCUCGCAUGAAGGAUGAGCUGAUGAAUGUGAAAAUCAAAUUCACCGAGCAAAGCCAAACGGUGGCUGAACUGAAACAGGAAAUUUCCCGACUUGAGACCAAGAACUCGGAAAUGCUCGCCGAGGGCGAACUGCGCGCGAAUCUGGAUGAUUCGGACAAGGUGCGCGACCUGCAGGACAGGCUGGCCGAUAUGAAGGCGGAGCUGACGGCAUUGAAAAGUCGUGGCAAAUUUCCGGGCGCCAAACUGCGCAGCUCCUCGAUCCAAUCGAUCGAAUCGACCGAGAUCGACUUCAAUGAUCUGAAUAUGGUGAGGCGCGGGAGCACGGAGCUCUCCACAUAACCUACAGAUGGAUCAGAUCUAGCAUAUCCUAACCAACCAAUAGCCACAACCAGGAGAAAAGCAGCGAGUGAGAGGGAAGUACAGGAUACACCCAAAUCUAUAUGGGUGGGUAAAAGUUGGAGGCGAUUUAUAUAUACUUAUAUAUAUAUAUAUAUAUACAUAUAUGAGGGGCCUGUGAUCAUGAAACGGAAACGGAAAGGGAAGGAGUAGCAUCGAGUGGAGGGAGAAGUAGAAGGAGGAAGAGGGCAGAAUAGUUGCAAUCCCAUUACAAUAUUAGUUAUGUAUAAUAUUCGUUUAAAUUGUACUACUACUAUUACGAUAUGUGGAUAUUUUAUUACGAUUAUUAUAAUCAAUUUUUUUUUUGCAAUAAUUUUAUUACUGUUAUGUUUUGCAAUCGAAACACACUCAUAUUUAUUUAUUUUAAAUCCUAAUUGAAACGAUAUUGUGAGAGUAUUUUACACCCCUGUACAUUAAUCAAUACGGCAACUAAUCCGAUUCGAUGCGAUGGAUUGGAGUUAGGAGAUUGGCAUUUUGAUAUCCCCUAGAUGUAUGGCACAUAUGCAAUGCAAUGAAUUUUAUGUAAACCCCCUGAGGAAAAAACAAAACCAUUUCCCAACCCACGCAUCCUGUGAACCACUUUUAAUGUAAGUUUUAAGCGAAUCCAAUUGUUCUUGGCUACAAACAAAACAAAAAAAAAAAACGAUUUUAAUCAACACCCACACCUGUUUAAAGUGUGCGGAAUAUG